GGGAGUCACAGGUCCGGCGCACGCGAGGGCCGGGCGCGCGCAACCGGCACGCGGGUGAAAGUCCUCGGAGGCGCGGCGGGCGGUGCGUAGGCACGGGCUCUGCCGCAGGAGCCGCGGCCCGCACCCGCUCCAGCGCCCGCGGCGGUCAGUGGCCACAGGCCCGCCGUGUCCCCCCGCGCACUGAGGUCCCCACCGGCCCUCGCCAGCCCUCGCGCAGCGUGCGAUGGCCCCGCGCAAGAAUGCCAAGGGCGGCGGCGGCAAUAGCAGCAGCAGUGGCUCCGGCAGCGGCAGCACGAGCGCGGGCAGCAGUGGAGGCAGCAGCAGCCCCGGGGCCCGGAGAGAGACAAAACACAAGAACGGGAAGAAAGGAGGACUUUCUGGAAGUUCAUUCUUCACGUGGUUUAUGGUCAUUGCAUUGCUGGGAGUCUGGACGUCCGUAGCUGUUGUUUGGUUUGAACUUGUUGAUUAUGAGGAGGUUCUAGGAAAACUAGGAAUCUAUGAUGCUGAUGGUGAUGGAGAUUUUGAUGUGGACGAUGCCAAAGUUUUAUUAGGACUUAAAGAAAGAUCUGCUUCAGAGCCAACAGUCGCACCAGAAGAGCCCGAGCCAUAUGCUGACCCAGAGGAGGCUCCCAUGAGGGCAGAACCCCGAUAUAUCGAAGAUGAAGUAACAGAACAAAUUCAGCCCCUUCUCCAUGACAUGGUAUACACAGAACAUGCUGAAGGAGAAGACCUGCAGCAACAAGAGGGUGGACCGGUGGGAGAACCACAACCAGAGGAUAACGAUUUCCUUACAGCAACUGACGUAGAUGAUCAAUUCGAGACCCUGGAACCUGAAACAUUUCAUGAAGAAACUGUGGACAGUUACCAUGGGGAAGAGACAGUUUCACAGGACUAUAAUCAGGAUAUGGAAGAGAUGAUGUAUGAACAGGAAAAUCCAGAUUCCAGUGAACCAGUAAUAGAUGAUGAAAGACUGCACCAUGAUGCAGAUGGUGUAACAUAUCAAGACUAUGAUGAGCAAGUAUAUGAACCUUCAGAAAACGAACCUUUGGAAAAUGAACCUUCAGAAAAUGAAGCGAUAGAAAUCUCCGAUAAUGCUGUGGAAGAUUCAAGCAUAAUUUCAGAAGAAGUAAGUGUCCCCCCAGUAGAAGAACACCAGGAAGUACCACCAGAAACAAAUAAAAAAAUGGAUGAUCCAGAACCAAAAGAGAAAGUUAAGAAAAAGAAGCCUAAACUUUUAAACAAAUUUGAUAAGACUAUUAAAGCCGAACUUGAUGCUGCAGAGAAACUCCGUAAAAGGGGAAAAAUUGAGGAAGCAGUGAAUGCAUUUAAAGAACUAGUACGCAAAUACCCUCAGAGUCCACGAGCAAGAUAUGGAAUGGCCCAGUGCGAAGAUGAUUUGGCUGAGAAGAGAAGGAGCAACGAGCUGCUGCGCAGGGCCAUCGAGACCUACCAAGAGGUGGCCAGCCUGCCCGACGUCCCCACGGACCUGCUGAAGCUGACUUUGAAGCGGCGCUCAGACAGACAGCAGUUUCUAGGUCAUAUGCGAGGUUCCCUGCUCACCCUGCAGAGAUUAGUUCAACUAUUUCCCAAUGAUACUUCCUUAAAGAAUGACCUUGGAGUGGGAUACCUCUUGAUAGGAGAUAAUGACAAUGCCAAGAAGGUUUAUGAAGAGGUUCUUAGUGUGACACCUAAUGAUGGCUUUGCUAAAGUCCAUUAUGGCUUCAUCCUGAAGGCACAGAACAAGAUUGCGGAGAGCAUUCCCUAUUUAAAGGAAGGAAUAGAAUCUGGGGAUCCUGGAACCGAUGAUGGCAGAUUUUAUUUCCACCUGGGAGAUGCCAUGCAGAGGGUUGGGAACAAAGAGGCAUACAAGUGGUACGAGCUUGGGCACAAGAGAGGACAUUUUGCAUCUGUCUGGCAGCGCUCGCUCUACAACGUGAAUGGUCUGAAAGCUCAACCUUGGUGGACCCCAAAAGAAACCGGCUACACAGAUCUAGUAAAGUCCUUAGAACGACACUGGAAGUUAAUCCGAGAUGAAGGCCUUGCAGUGAUGGAUAAAGCCAAAGGCCUCUUCCUGCCUGAGGAUGAAAACCUGAGGGAGAAGGGAGACUGGAGCCAGUUUACACUGUGGCAGCAAGGAAGAAAAAAUGAAAAUGCGUGUAAAGGAGCUCCUAAAACCUGUACUCUACUGGAAAAGUUCCCCGAGACUACAGGAUGCAGAAGAGGACAGAUCAAAUAUUCCAUCAUGCAUCCCGGAACUCAUGUGUGGCCUCACACGGGGCCCACAAACUGCAGGCUCCGAAUGCACCUGGGCUUGGUGAUCCCCAAGGAAGGCUGCAGGAUCCGAUGUGCCAACGAGACCAAGAUGUGGGAGGAAGGCAAGGUGCUCAUCUUUGACGACUCCUUUGAGCACGAGGUGUGGCAGGACGCUUCAUCUUUCCGGCUUAUAUUCAUCGUGGAUGUGUGGCACCCGGAGCUGACACCCCAGCAGAGACGCAGUCUUCCUGCAAUUUAGCAGGAAAUUCGUGCAAGCGUGGAACACUGGAGAGAGGCUGCCUUUCUGGCUCCAUCUCCUUGGGCGUGAGGAUAGAAAUUCGAACACCAAGGCUCUUAAUUUCUUUGACUUGCGGCCUGAAAAAUUCUAAGCCUCCUCCUAGGGUUAGAAGACACUAAAGGGAAUAUUUGCAUUAUCGCGAUUCAAUUAGAAAACACCCUGCUGUGUUUCUCCCAUGACAGCACUGGUCUUAUGCCCAUAUUUAAGGUGAACAUUUGAUAGCUUCUACCUUGCCAGCCAAAGAUAUUUUUUUGACAUAGGAUAGGUCUAAAUCAGUGUACAAUGAGGAUAUAUGUAGAAACUGUGAAUGGAUUGCUUUAGUUUGUAACUGUCUAUGCAGUUAUAUUUUUCUAGGGUAGCUAGACUAGUCUGUCAUCAUGUACCACUACUUUUUUGUUGAUUUUAAUGACAAGCUGUGUAAAUGCUUUCUCUCUCGCUGUUUAAUGGUAAUAUUCCUGGUGAACUCAGACCUCCCUCUUUUAAUUCUUUUUAGUAAAAGACACUCAUGAAAAAAGCAAUUUUAUUUUCCUAAUACAAAAAAGGAAGAUAUCAUCAUGCCAACAUCUAUGAACUGUACUGAUCCCUACCCUUGAGUCUGUUUGCUUUUUUAUCUUCAUUGAGAUCAAGAUGUGUAAUUUCUCCUUUCACUAUGCUAAUAGUGGAAAUAUUGUCAAAAUCUUAUUUCUCUCUAAAAGGAAAUUUUUACACUAGAAAAAGGCAUAGAAUCAUUUUAUAUUAAGUUAUACAAAUACCACAUUGUAAAUGCUUUUAAUGCAAAGCAUUAGGGCUUGGGGGGAAAAAGUCAAAUUUAUGGAAAUAAACAUUUUCUCUCAGGAUUAGGUGGACUGGUAGCCGCUAGGGUGUCUGACUCCUGCCGCUUUGCCAUCUGUGAGACAGAGCCUGGGAAUCCAAAGUGCCCUUCCCUAUGACGGAUCCAUGUGAGCGACAGGAAGACAGCCCUUUGGUCCUUGAGAUGAUUCUUGUCACAAUAUUAUAGAAAUAUUAAGGACGGCAGAAUGGAAGGUCACCAAGAAUGCUAGGAUCUUUGUAGGGAUGUCGAGACUGCUUUCCUCUUUGAGAGAGUUUGGAAGAAUCUUCCAUCUCUCUGGCUUAAGAAACUUCUGCCAUUUAAGCACCACUUUGAAAUAACAAUUAUUAUCCAUAUUUACUGUUAAUAUUACCCAUGACAUAGAAAUAACAGUUGAAAAAUGGUCUUGCCUACUCAUUCCAAAGGUGAUGGAGCCAUUAAUUUAGUAAGUAUUAGUGCAUUAGAUGUUGUAUUUUUUAAACCAAAGCUAACUGAAAAUGUUGGCUGUGAGAAUGUCACGAUAUUCACGCACUGAAUUCUAAGCCAAUAUGAACAAAAAUGCUGCAGAAAUGGCACAUAGGUCACCUCAUUUCAUUCCUAGGUAGAAAAACCUGUGCUUUCUUUUCGAUCUAAGAACAAAGGAGGAGGUUUUCUUUACCUCAUUUAAAAAACCGUUCUUCAAAAUGGACAUUGGCCCUUUUUGCUUGACCUUAAGGGCAUUAGCUUUCAGUAGAAGAAUUUGCAAAAUAUUUGUCCUGUUCCUUCCGUUUUGCUGUGUGUUCAAAAAUCCCACUAAAUCAGGUGAAAAGGCACGGGAGGAAAAUUAUCAAAGUUAAUUACCAAAGUCCGGAAGAGAAGGCAAACUCUUGAAAAAUAAAAAGUUGUUAUGUCCUUCAGUAUUUAUUGAACAGAGGAAAUGACUGACAAAGGGCAAUACAAUUCAAUGCUCAUGUAGGAACAUUUGCGUCACUUACUGAAUUUGGUUCUUAUAUGUAUAUUGCAUAUACAUAAAGAAAUUCAUACUAUAAGUUGUCAUUGUUGAGGCAUCAUCUUACAUUCAUGUAAUGAAAUUAUGGAAUAGAGUAAAAACUAGCUCUUAGUAAAUAUAACAUGGUAUUUAAAAUCGGGCCACUACAGUAGGAUUCUAAAUAUUGCCAAUUGAAAAGCUAGAAGUUAUUAUUACUGUUGCAAACUGUUGGCAAUAAUGGACUCCAAUAGCAUUGUAAAUACUUGGAUCCCACAACUAUUUUAUAAACCCAAGCAAUAAAAUGGAUUUUCUAGUUCUUUUAAUUCUUUAUUUCUCUUACCUAUGUCUUGGUCCAUAAAAAAAGUGUUUCAGUCACUGCACUGGUAGAAUUAUUUCAGUGUUAUUAUUUUGUGAUUUGAAAUGUCUACACAAAAUGAAUUGGUUUUAUUUAUACCGUGAUGCAAUUAUUUGAGAAAUAUUUUUAAUUCUAUUUCAAUUUUAUUUCUCCAAGGGUAUAGUAUAAAAAUUACUUCUGUUAUUAUUCUCUACUGGUAGGAAAAAAAUUAAAACAUUAGAUCCAUUGAGAAAGAGAUAUAAUAAAUGGUUAAGACUAGUAAUAAUAUCUAUCGGGGGUCAUUAUGGCCAGCUGAAUCACCUCUUUCCUUUGAAUAAUUCAGCUAACAAAUUAACCCUCCCAAAUACUGGAAAUGUAAAGUCAUAUUUUACUGGCCAUUAUCAACUAAAAUAUUUUUUAUUUGACAUUGAGCACCAACUGGUCAUACUAAUAAAUGCCCAUGUCAUGCACAUGGCUGGGCAAAUAAGAGAUAUGUAAAAAUAUGUACUGGUCUUGGGAAACAUGGCACAAGAAAGGGUAUCAUAUCCUGUGAUAUCUGUUUAUUUUAUAUCUGAUUUCCUAGUUGGGGACUCCAUUUCUAAGGAGAAUAGAUAAAGAAAUAAAAUUAUCUUUGGCAUUUCA